CUUUUAUUUUAUUUUACAUAAAAUAAAAUGUUUCACUAUUAAAUAUAGUACGGAAACUUAAAAUAAUAAAAUUCUUAAUUCUAAGUAUGUACAAUUUAUUAUUUACAUAGAAAAAUAAUUAAACUAAAAGUCUUAAUUCUAAGUUACUACUAAUAACAAGUAAAAUAAUACAAAGUUGAAACACUUAACUAAAUGGCCUAAAGAUUGUUAUUGACUACGACAUACGCUCGCACGCAGCCGUAAAGUGAAAGGUCUCGAAGGUCACGGCUCCUCGGCCUGCGCACACUGGCCCGCUGGAUGCGUUCUGAGUAAGACGCGUACCUCUAAUUAUUGCUACGUGAGCCUACCUAUCUGCUGUCGUACUAUCGUGCUACCUAAAACGUGUUGUACAUAAUAAUUAUUUACUUUGUGAAUCCCCCGUUAAUUAUCGGGGCCCAUCUACCCGGUACCGGACGUCUAUCAAGCCCCUUAUUCUGCCUGGCCUGGCCUACUGCUAUCCACAUACUACAUCAAGACAUCUACGCCUGGAGCUACGCGACGGAAUUGCAGGACAGUGAUAGUGACGGAACUGAGUUACACACAUUCGGUCGUUUAUAAUUGUGAACCCACCUAUUAAACCUAAGAACCUAUUGUCUAUCUUUUCUUUAUUUUGUUCCCUCUCCUCUACUAGGAGUGUGACAAUGGCGCCCAACUAUAGGUAUUAUAUACGACCGAGUGGUUUAAUUUGGUUUUCGAGCAAUUAAUAGCUUUUCUUUGGUGCUGGCUUUAACUUUUAAUUUUAAGGCUGAUUGUACUAAUUAAGUGAAUCUAGUGAGCGGUACUACCACAGUUCUUACUACCACAGUUCUUUUUAAUAUUUACAUUCUUAAUAAAUUAUUAUUUACAUUCUUAACCUAAAAUAAAACAUUACUGUUACCGCACACUAGUUAACAUAGAUAAGUAAUUUAAAUAAAUAUUGUAGUGCUUAGAACUAUUUUGCAACAUUUACUAAAUAAUUAUAAAGAUGUCUUACCCUAUAAAGUUCCUAUCAUUGCAAAAAGCUGAACUACAGUACGAAGUAGAACUCCGAGGUAGCAGUGGCGAGUCUGUCCAAGAGCUACGCAAAGAAAUAGUUAAAUUAUCACAACUUUUGCCACCUGAGGACAUUCUAGAAUCUCACUUGGCGGCUUCAGAUGACUUAAAAGAAGUAAAAGAAUCACUUAUUAAGUCCCAAAAUAAUCUAGCUAAUUUAAAAACAAAAUUUGAUAAAAACUUGUUUAAUAGAACAGAAACACUUUUAAAUCACUUAUACCACCGGAUAAAUAGAAUUGUAAAUGUAGCUGAGAUUAAUGAUGUCUACAAAGUUUGUGUCUCCAAUUUCAAUAUGCAAUUUAAAGAACUUUCUUCAUUAAAAUCAUCCAGCACACAGGCAUCUAACGCUAAUCCUACAAAUGACACUUCGAUACCUACCACUAUAUCGGUCACGUGUGAGCGAAGUCUGACAUCAGAUAUUCCUAAGCUAAAAUUUAACGGAAACACCUGCGUACAUGCUUUUAUUCAAAAAGUCGAAGAAUUCGUUUGCUCCAGAGGUAUUUCAUUCGAAAAAAUACUUUCAUUGGCAUACGAAAUUUUUGACGGAGAUGCAUUACAUUGGUUCCGCUAUAACAAGGAUAAAGUAAGUUCAUGGCCAGAACUACGCACCCUCCUUAAGCAAGACUUUAGCAGUAGUGACUACGAUUACAAAUUUAUGGAAGAAAUCAGGACACGCACUCAGGGUGAACACGAAAAUAUCACCAUUUAUUUAUCUAUAAUGCAUGGUAUGUUUUCUCGCCUCAAUAAACCACUUACAGAAGAGACGCAAUUAGAAAUUAUUUUGCACAACAUCCGUCCUUGUUACGCCAAUACCUUGGCAGCUGCUCCUGCUUCUAAUAUUAAAUCUAUCGAAGAUUUAAGAGCCAUAUGCCUAAAUUACGAAAGGGUUAAUUCCAGGUUUUCAAAUUUUCGAGAACCACCUAAAGUAUCCUCGAAUACUAUUGCUCCAGAAUUCUCAUACAAACCUAAACCUAACUACACUAAUAAUAAUAACAAAAAUGAACCUACAACUAAUAACUAUAAACGAUAUGAUCAACCUAAGCCUAGUACAUCAUUUUACAACAACUCAUAUAGAAAUAAUAAACAAUAUAACGAUCCCAAUAAAUACAAAUAUGGCAAUAGCAAUCAAAAUCAAAUGUUGAAUAUUGCAGCACUUAAUGCCCAAUCAUUCUACAAAGUUUUCUGCCCCCGCUGUAGAUUGAACAAUCACUCACUCAAAGACUGCAAGCAAGAUAGAUUUCCUAUUUGCUUUAAGUGUGGCAAAAAGGAUGUAAUAUACCCAGACUGUUCGGAUUGUCAUCCUCAAGCCAACGAAAAUCAAAAAAACUAAUUAAGCUCGAUUGGAGUAACCGGAAUAGAGAAUGGAACGAUUGGUUGACUUUCAUUCGUAACUUUUCUAACUUUAAUUCGGUCGCUUCAAUCGAUAACAAAGUAUCCAACGUCGAUAGAACUCGACCUUACGUAAAAAUUAAAGUCUCUGAUUUAACCUUAAUGGGAUUACUAGACACUGGAUCUUGCGUUACUAUUAUAGGUAAUCACACUCAUGAUAGGUUACUACAAAUGGGAUUUAAGCUCCAGAAUACUGACAAUCUUAAAUUCACUACUGCGAGUGGAGACACCGUGUAUUCUAUCGGAGCGUUGUCUCUUCCUAUAACUUUUCACGGACUAAAACACACAUUAAAUGUGUAUGUCAUACCAGAUAUAACAUCCUCACUUAUUCUCGGCAUAGACUUUUGGCGAACAUUUAACCUUUUUCCAAAACAUUUAGACUCUAUUCUAUUUCGUAAAGAUUCUGAUUUAGAACUUCAAACUGAUUCUGUAUCUCAAAACAAAACAAAUCUUUGUUCUUAUGAACAUCUAACGGUUGAACAAAAGACUAUGGCUGACCAACUAAUAUCUCAGUUUCACGACAUCUCAUACGAAGAACGAGGUUUAGGACGGACUUCUUUAAUUACACACCGUAUUGACACUGGGGAUGCUGCCCCCAUUCGUCAACGUUAUUAUCGCAUGUCACCCGAAAAACAACGCAUACUAGUAGAGCAACUAGACGAAAUGCUCAAAGACGACGUCAUCGAGCCCUGUGAAAGCCCAUGGUCUUCACCAGUACUACUCACCCCUAAAAAAAAUGGCGAACUCAGGUUUUGUCUCGACAGUCGAAAGCUUAAUUCAGUCACUAGAAAAGAUGCCUACAGUCUACCUUACAUAUCUGAGAUACUCGACAAUCUUCGUGACGCUAGGUUUCUUAGUAGCAUCGAUCUUUCCAAAAGCUUUUGGCAGAUUUUGAUCCACGCGGAAGAUAGAUGUAAAACUGCUUUUUACAUUCCAUCUAGAGGCACGUUCCAGUUUAAGUCAAUGGCCUUCGGACUCACAAACGCGCCUGCUACACAACAAAGAUUAGUCGAUCUUCUCUUUUAUGGUCCUGAAUUCGAGCACAGGGUCUUCGUUUUCGUUGAUGACGUCAUCAUUGUCUCGGAAACCUUCGAACAACAUAUGUCUUUGUUAAAACGUGUCCUAGACAGGUUACGAACCGCAAACUUGACUAUCAACCUACAAAAGAGCCAAUUUUUCCGCAACAAACUAAAAUAUUUGGGUUAUAUAGUAGACAUUAACGGACUCCACGCAGAUCCGGAAAAGAUUGAAGCCAUCACUAACUACCCUACACCUUCAAAUCGUAAAGAGGUUAGACGUUUUUUAGGUACUGCAUCAUGGUAUCGUAGGUUUAUCCCUAAUUUUAGUACCCUAGCAUCUCCUUUAAGCAAACUAACUUCACAAGGCAGGAAAGCCCCACCCUUCUCUUGGUCUCAAGAAGCAGACGACGCCUUUCAAAAGCUUAAAAGCCUGUUAUCUUCAGCCCCAAUUCUCUCGUGCCCAGACUACACUAAGGCAUUCGAAGUACAUACGGACGCUAGCGAUCACGGGUUAGGCGCCGUUCUUACACAAAUGCACAACGGCGAAGAAAAGGUAAUAGCCUAUAUGAGCAAAUCCCUGACAAAACAAGAGCGCAACUACAGUGCUACGGAACGCGAAGCACUCGCCGUUCUCGCUGCUAUCGAGCAUUGGCGAUGCUAUCUCGAGAAUGGUCUAAAGUUUACCGUUUACACAGACCAUUCAUCACUUAGAUGGUUUUUAAAUCUUAAUAACCCUACUGGACGACUGGCACGUUGGGGUGUUCGUCUUUCUGCCUUCAAUUUUGAAAUAAAACACCGCAAGGGCGCGGAUAACGUAGUUCCUGACAGUUUAUCGCGUUCUGUCCCUAUAGCUGCCUUAAACGCCUCAACUUCUUCACAAGCCAAACCAUUGCUUAAUACUAACGAUCCUUGGUAUUUACAUAAAUUUAAUGGUUGCUUAACAACCCCAACAUCCUUCCUAAAUUAUCAGGUUUCACACGGCAAACUUUACCGGUACAUGAAAUCACUUAACCCCCUUACUAGGGAAUUUCAAUGGAAAGAGGUUGUGCCACUUGAACAUCGUCAGACUAUAAUUGAGCAGAAUCAUUGCGAUGCCACAUCCGGCCACUUUGGCAUUUUUAAAACUUGUAAACGCAUCUCUUUGAAAUACUUUUGGCCAACUAUGCAGCAUGAUGUUUCUAAUUUUGUUUCUAACUGCGACACUUGUCUCUCAUAUAAACACCCUAACCAUGCUACUUUGGGUACCAUGGGUAGACCAAAGGACUGUAGCCGCCCCUUCCAAAUGUUAAGUAUUGACCUCGUCGGACCAUUACCUGUUUCUAGAAAACAAAACACAUUUUUGUUGGUAGUUAACUGCUGUUUCUCGAAAUACUGUUUACUUUUCGCAAUUAAAAGAGCAACCGCUGAUAUUAUUUCUAAAAUUAUAGAGGAAAACGUCUUUCUUGUUCAUGGCAUUCCCAGUACUAUUAUAAUGGAUAACGGUAGACAAUUCAUAAGCAAUACUAUGAAAUCAUUAUUUACUUCUUAUAAUAUACCAAACGUUUUCUACACUCCCCUCUAUACUCCUCAAGUAAACUCUGUAGAGCGUUACAAUAAAACAAUAAUGACUGCAGUUUCCACAUUCAUUAAAAAUGAUCAUAGAUCUUGGGAUACCUUUAUUCCAAAAAUCCAGUUUGCCUUAAACAGCGCAGUCAACGAAGUCACUGGAUAUACACCCUCCUUUCUGGUUUUUGGUCGCGAACUGGUCAGUUGUGGCUCUCACUAUAUCGAUGCAGAUCUGUCAGAUCAUAUUGUUUUUACACCUCGUGAUGCCUACGCCGAAAAUUUGGGCAGCUUGCGAAAAACUUUCGACAAAGUACAGGCUUCCCUCAUAAAAGCACAUUCUCGAAAUUGUACUACAUAUAACCUUAGACGUAAAAAUAUAGAUUUUAAUGUUGGAGACAUUGUCUGGAAGAGAACUUUCUACCAAAGUGAUAAGGACAAUAAAUUCUCAAAAAAACUAGCCCCGAAAUUUAUAAAAUGCCGCAUUAUAAACAAAAACUCUAAACUCGUUUAUGAACUUGAGGACAUGUCAGGUAAUAAAUUAGGUGCGUGGCAUGUUAAAGACUUUAAGCUCCAUUGAGCUAAGUAUAGCGGAUUUUACUAGGAAAAAUCCUAAUCUUAAAAGGGGGGUAUGUAACCUUUUAUUUUAUUUUACAUAAAAUAAAAUGUUUCACUAUUAAAUAUAGUACGGAAACUUAAAAUAAUAAAAUUCUUAAUUCUAAGUAUGUACAAUUUAUUAUUUACAUAGAAAAAUAAUUAAACUAAAAGUCUUAAUUCUAAGUUACUACUAAUAACAAGUAAAAUAAUACAAAGUUGAAACACUUAACUAAAUGGCCUAAAGAUUGUUAUUGACUACGACAUACGCUCGCACGCAGCCGUAAAGUGAAAGGUCUCGAAGGUCACGGCUCCUCGGCCUGCGCACACUGGCCCGCUGGAUGCGUUCUGAGUAAGACGCGUACCUCUAAUUAUUGCUACGUGAGCCUACCUAUCUGCUGUCGUACUAUCGUGCUACCUAAAACGUGUUGUACAUAAUAAUUAUUUACUUUGUGAAUCCCCCGUUAAUUAUCGGGUAAGUGUUGCAAUGUAUUUCUUGUAGUUGUAAGCUUCUAGCUGUAGUUCGUAAUUUCAUCAUCAAAACACGCUGUGUCAUGAUCUUAACGUACUUAGUAUUUUAUAUCUUUACAUGUAAAUUACAAUACUUUGAUCUUAUAAUUUAAUUAAACGAGAAAAAGUGUUAAUUGAAAUAUCUAAGUAGUUACUUGAGUGGGUAAUGUAAAUAGUAAAAAUAUGUACCCACAUAAUAUUUUAUGUCACAACUAUGUACAUAACAUAGCGUAAAUAGUUAUUAAUUAAUCUUAGUCGCACACCUAUAUUUUACACUUAAUAACUUCUCUUCGUUUGUGACAUUUCGUACUAAUUUAAUUCUAUUUCCUUCAACUGGCGGACUGACAUAUUCUGUCUGUUGCGAAAUGUCACAAACUAAUAUCGUUAGCUUUUAAUUGUUUUCUGCCCUAUGUAUUAGUUGAUUAUUGUGCCUCAUCAUUGAUCACUAUUUUUUGCAAAUCAUUAUCAUCUGCUCCCACCUACCGCUUCGCUUGCCGAUCUUUGGAUGUUGCAGUAAAAAUAGGAAAUCGGAAUAGUUGUAAAAUAUUUUGUUUACACUAUUACAGGGCCCAUCUACCCGGUACCGGACGUCUAUCAAGCCCCUUAUUCUGCCUGGCCUGGCCUACUGCUAUCCACAUACUACAUCAAGACAUCUACGCCUGGAGCUACGCGACGGAAUUGCAGGACAGUGAUAGUGACGGAACUGAGUUACACACAUUCGGUCGUUUAUAAUUGUGAACCCACCUAUUAAACCUAAGAACCUA